AUUGUAUCAAUCCAAAAAUGCCACCCAAAAUCGACCCAGCAAUCCUCAAAGCUCUUUCCCUAGACGAAGCCAAUACAACCAUCUCCUCACACGGCGGAUCAGGGUUCGUGAGCACGUUUAAACUUACCACCAAGGAUAAAGAUGAGAAGGAGAAACUGUAUUUUGUGAAGACAGGAAAGGGCAGGGAGUGUGAGAUUAUGUUUGCUGGUGAACAUGCAUCCUUAAAUGCAAUCCACUCAGCAGUUCCUUCUCUCUGUCCCACCUCCCAUGCCCAUGGUCCCCUAUCGCACCCACCCAACACCUUCUUCCUAGCCACCGAUUUCCUCGCCCUCUCAUCCUCCCCAUCUUCAGGCGCCUCACUACCCCACAAACUCGCCCUCCUCCACUCAACACCGGCCCCCAUCCCACCCGGCCACACCGUUCCACAAUUCGGCUUCCACCUCCCCACCUGCUGCGGCGACACCGUGCAAGACAACACCUACCACCCCUCCUGGUCUACCUUCUUCUCCGAAUGCCGCCUAACGCACAUCCUCUCUUGCGCAGAAAAAAACAACGGUCCAGACACCGACCUCUCCUCCCUCGUCCAACAAACCUGUUCCAUCGUCGUCCCCCGUUUACUCCGAGACGGACACCUACGAUCCGCAGAAGGGAGCAAUAUAACCCCGGUCCUCGUACACGGCGAUCUGUGGUCCGGGAAUCAUGGCCGAGGCAGCAUCGAUGGCGGGGCGGUGGAGGAGCGGGUUUUUGAUCCGAGUUGCUGCUGGGCGCAUUCCGAGUUUGAGUUUGGGAUUAUGGGGAUGUUUGGUGGGUUUGGGGGGCGGUUUCGGGAGGAGUAUUGGGGGGUUAAGGGGAAGGAUGAGCCGGUGGAGGAGUGGGAGGAUAGGGUGGCGCUUUAUGAGUUGUAUCAUCAUUUGAAUCAUUAUUCGAUUUUUGGGGGGAGUUAUAGAGGGGGUGCUGUUAGGAUUAUGAAGAGCUCGUUAAAGAAGUAUGGAGAUGGGGGUUGAGCAGUGAAGACUUGUUAAGUAAGGGAAUAGCACUUGCUAGCUCUUAAACAAGCAAACUGUACAGAAAUCUGAGAUGAAAAAGAUGCACGUAUUGCCAUCAGGGUUAAGACGAAUCCAAUGGGCAUAGCACAUUGAUUGCAUUCUCAAAGUCACAAAAACGUUGCAGACAUAAGUCUCGCUAAAGCAUCCAUUCUUCCAUGAUCAACUAUGCUGCGCCGAAUUCAUAUGCCCUAUUUACUAACGCGGCGACUAGGAGACUCGUGGUUUCAUCACCCCUCCAAAUCAUCAAAUGGAUAUCCUUCCAUAAUCCAUGCAAAACAAUGUACACGAACAUAAACAUUUCCAAAUCAAUCAUUGACUGUCUGCUGCUGCUGUUUCUGGAAGUUCACAUCCUUGCGAGAAGAAGAUCCUAGCCGGCUUAUCGUAGUCAUUCUCGAGACUG